AUGGAGGGCCGCGCGCCUGCGGUGCCGACUUGGGGGGCGAAUCGCGCGCAGGCCGCCGCCCGAGGGCCAGGGGCGGCAGCCCCUGACAGUUUCGGGCCGGUUGGUGUGAACAAGCUCAUCUACCUCCCAGUCGCCAUGCGGCCGCGCGGAGUGACGGCACGAAGGCGAUGCUACGCGCGCUCGGCAUCUGCGGCCGACGGGGCCGAAGCGCUGCCGGACAGCGCGGGGCCGCCGCCGUGCCAUGCGGCGGCUCGGCGCAGAGUGCUCGCGGGCGGCCCCAUAGAGCGCCGCGACGGAGACUGGGACUGCCCCAGGUGCGGCAAGAUGGUCUUCGCCAGCAAGUCCGAGUGCUUCGCGUGCGGCGAGCCGAAGCCGAGCGGCGGUGGCGGCGGGCGCGGCCGGAGCUACGACCGCGGCGGCGGCGGGCGCGGAGGCUACGAUGACCGCGACGACCGGCGCGGCGGCGGGGGCCGCGGGGGCGACCGCUACGACGACUACGACGAUCGUCGCCGCAGAAGGCGCGACGACAGCUACGACGACUACGACCGCGGCCGCGACCGCCGCCGCCGCUGA